CAGCCUGUCAUUAUUAUGGAGGUUGUAGGAAAGAACAUUACAAGAUGGCAACGCCUCGCCCACGGCUACAACAAAUACUGGUACUUUAAGGCUGCAUUUCGCUGGCUCGCUCUGCUCACCGCCGUCGUCAGUCUCAUCACUCUUGGUGCGACAUGGCAGGACUAUACUCGCUACAGCCAAUAUGAUGUUGGUGUGUUGUACGAAGCCUUGGCUAUUGNNUCGCCCCUAUGCUCAGUCGUAAUCGAUGUUCCUGCUAUUGUCUUGUUGUUCGCAACCCGAAAAGACNCGAACAUCAAUCCCGCCUUUCUACUUGCUGGCGAUACCUUCAAUUUUCCAUUACUGAUCCUUGACGUGGUUUUCACGUAUCCCGGCCAAUUCGGCUUCAAAGUCAGUACUGCAUCUGUAGAGUUUCCGCUCAUUAUGGUCUGGGGUCUUUCCAUAGGCGUGACAGCUCUACAUAUCAUCCUUUUCUUUAUUAGUAUCUGGGAGACCCACGUGUUCAGAGCCAUGCGCAGGGAACGAAGAAUGGCUGGUGAAGAGAAGUCUCAAGACCUGAAACAUCAAUUGCGGGAUUCAGAGAGCGACACCAAUACGACAACCUCAGUGACUGAAGGACCAGGGACCAGAUUCGAGCUUUCCGCCGAGCAGCGGUCAGAACUGCCCGCACAACUUCCUGGUGUCUUUCUUGCCGAGCUUGAGGCUUCGGUUCCAACGACGAGAGUCGACGAGAAGUCUGAUCAAGGUCCGAUCACAACGGCGCGUACUGUUGUUGAUACCUUGCUGGCAAUACACUCAAGAAAUACUCCUUGA